GGGCCGCUGCCUCUCUUACCGCAGCACCACCUGUCGCGGGGUGAAAGGAAAGAUGUUGUCCCGGUUAAGAAUAGUUGCUACUCCCUGUACUGUAGCAUGUCGUCAUAUGCACAUAAAAGAAAAAGGCAAGACGCUCAUGUUGAACCCAAGAACAAACAAGGGAAUGGCAUUUACAUUACAAGAACGACAAAUGCUUGGUCUUCAAGGACUUCUACCUCCCAAAAUAGAGACACAAGAUAUUCAAGCUUUACGAUUUCAUAGAAACGUGAAAAAAUUGAAUGGCCCUUUGGAAAAAUACAUCUAUAUAAUGGGAAUACAAGAAAGAAAUGAGAAGUUGUUUUAUAGAAUUCUGCAAGAUGAUAUUGAAAGUCUGAUGCCAAUUGUAUAUACACCAACAGUGGGUCUUGCCUGCACCCAAUAUGGACACAUCUUUAGAAGACCUAAGGGAUUAUUUAUUUCAAUCUCAGACAGAGGUCAUGUUAGAUCAAUUGUGGAUAACUGGCCAGAAAAUCAUGUUAAGGCUGUUGUGGUGACUGACGGAGAGAGAAUUCUGGGACUCGGAGAUCUGGGUGUCUAUGGAAUGGGAAUCCCAGUGGGGAAACUGUGUUUGUAUACCGCUUGUGCAGGAAUACGGCCGGAUAGAUGCCUGCCUGUGUGCAUUGAUGUAGGAACCGAUAAUCCAGCACUCUUAAAAGAUCCGUUUUACAUGGGCUUAUAUCAGAAAAGAGAUCGAUCACAACGUUAUGAUGACCUGAUUGAUGAGUUUAUGAAAGCCAUUACUGACAGAUAUGGACAGAACACACUUAUUCAGUUUGAAGACUUUGGAAAUCAUAAUGCAUUCAGGUUCUUGAGAAAAUAUCGAGAAAAGUAUUGUACCUUCAAUGAUGAUAUUCAAGGAACAGCUGCAGUAGCUCUAGCAGGUCUUCUUGCAGCACAAAAAGUUAUUGGUAAAUCAUUCUCAGAACACAAAAUCUUAUUCCUUGGAGCAGGAGAGGCUGCUCUUGGAAUUGCAAAUCUCAUAGUUAUGGCUAUGGUAGAAAAUGGCCUCUCAGAAGAAGAGGCACAAAAGAAAAUUUGGAUGGUUGACAAGUUUGGUUUAUUAUUUAAGGGGCGGAAAGCUAAAAUAGAGAGUCAUCAGGAACCAUUUGCUCACUCAGCCCCGGGGAAUAUACCUGAUACUUUUGAAGAUGCAGUAAAUAUACUCAGGCCUUCAGCUAUAAUUGGAGUUGCAGGAGCUGGCCCACUUUUCACUCCUAGUGUAAUCAAAGCCAUGGCUGAUAUCAAUGAAAGGCCUAUAAUAUUUGCAUUAAGCAAUCCUACAGCAAUGGCUGAAUGCACGGCUGAAGAAGCAUAUACACUUACAGAGGGAAGGUGUUUGUUUGCCAGUGGCAGUCCAUUUGAGCCAGUGAAACUCAGUGACGGGCAACUCUUUACACCAGGCCAAGGAAACAAUGUGUAUAUUUUUCCAGGUGUGGCUUUAGCUGUUAUUCUCUGUAACACCCGGCAUAUUAGUGACCAUGUUUUCCUAGAAGCUGCAAAGGCUCUGGCAAAUCAAUUGACAGAUAAAGAGCUAGCUCAAGGGAGACUUUACCCACCACUUGCUGAUAUUCAGGAAGUUUCUAUUAACAUUGCUAUUAAAGUUACAGAAUACCUGUAUGCUAACAAAAUGGCUUUCCGAUACCCAGAACCUGAGGACAAGGCCAAAUACAUUAGAGAAAGAAUAUGGCGAAGUGAAUAUGAUUCCCUGCUGCCAGAUGUGUAUGACUGGCCAGAAUCUGCAUUAAGCCCUCCCCUGAUAACGGAAUAGAGGCACACCCACUGAAAAAUACUUUCCAUGCUUCAGGGAACCCCCUCCUUUUUUCUUUUCUUUCUUUUUUUUUUUUUUUUUUUCAAAAAAAAAGAUAAAUUUUUCAAAUUUUUUGUUUUUUUCUUUUUUUUUUUUCUCCCCCAUUUUUUUUUUUAUUUUUUUUUUUUUU